CUUUGAGGGGCCAAGUUGAUACUUGAUUUCUUCAGAUUGUAAUUUUGUGAGGGUGGGUUUACCGCAUGUGUAUGUGUGUGUGGUGUGUGUGCGCUUGUUUUUGUAUGUAUCUGUGCAUGUUUGCGUUUAUGUGAAAGUAAUUUUGCCAUGUCGACGUCCGGAACGCUUACUAGUUACUACGUUGACUCCCUCAUUCUGCCCGAGAGCGAGGAGCUUUCCGCUCCCAGAUAUUCCACCAGUCACGGGGGGCUUCAGCACCCUCGACAACCCACCUCCCUUAACGACCAUACCGAACAUGGGCCCUGCACCUUCUCGACGAAAGCCCCGGUCUUCAGCCCAUCUUGGAGCCAUGUACCGGCCCAGUUUCCAGGCGCCGUGUCCUCUGUCUAUCACCACCCUUACGGUCACCCCCAAGGCCCGGCCACUGGGGACCAGGAUGGUCGCUACAUGCAGUCGUGGCUACUGGAGCCGAUGUCUGGCUCUUUGCCCCUGACCGGAUUACCGACAACCCAUCACUACGGAAUCAAACCAGAGAGUCUGGGCGCAAGAGGGGAUGGCGCGCUGCCUAGCUCACACACAGCACUGCUGCUCUCUGAUUUCGCGAACGGGACUGUGGCGACGGCAUCCCCAUUGGACAAGGAUACGUUGUUGGGCCAUAGCGGCGAUCAGAACGGAGAGAGCGAGGAAAAACCGGCCCUCGAUCCAAAUAACCCCGUGUCCAACUGGCUGCACGCGAGUGCCUCAAGAAAAAAACGCUGCCCGUACACCAAGCAUCAGAUCCUCGAGUUGGAGAAAGAGUUCCUCUUUAAUACGUACCUAACGCGGGACCGUAGGUACGAGGUCGCGAGGCAGCUAAACCUCACCGAGAGACAGGUUAAAAUAUGGUUUCAAAAUCGUAGAAUGAAGAUGAAGAAAUUCAAUAAAGACGGACCAAAAGAUGAUUGACUGAAUGGAUAAUUAAAUCAGAACGUAAAUAUUAUAUGAGGAUUUUUGAGAAACCUCGACUCUGGCCUGUUUUAAGCCUACUGUCUAUUGUUUUAGCCUAACAGAAGCUAUUAUUUGUCGUGUUAGCAUGUCCGGCCUUACUCGUCGGUUUGAUGCAACUACCUUUAUAUUGCACAAUUGACAGUGCUGACUUGUUUUUGUUUAAUAUUAAAUAAUUCCUCGGCUCCGAGGGCCAAUGUGUAAGAUGUGUAAUAGGCCUGAUCUUUGUGCUCGUUUGGGUGUUCGUUGUGCAUUCUGUGUUAGUGUGUUAUUCAGGUUCAACUGAGUUUUUUUAUGUGAUUACGUUUGUAGUCUUUUUCUCUUCAUUGUUAGUCCAAUUACUGAUAAGUUGUAUUUUAACAUAGACUGUAGACUAACGUAAUUAUAUCAUUUUAAAUGGGUGCAUGAGCCUCAAACGCUUUUUGAAAUGCAUAAUAAUAUUAUUGGUAGAAGCUGUUUAACAAUGAUAUCCUAGUUUUGACUACCUAGACGUCUCUCAACUACCUGCAAUUGCAAUUUUUGUUGUGAGGCGAUAGAAUGCUUCAGAGUGAUUCUGAAUUAUGUCUGAAUUUCAGGGAGUAACAUUUUAAAAUUACAGUUUUGUUAGUGCUAGAAAGAAAAAUAAAUACACUGUAGGUUAUGUAGGUAAUGAAUACCUCAUGGUCUGGCGACCGUUCAGAUGUUUGAUUCACAAAUGUAAUUUGUACUUUAUUUAUUGAAUAAAACAAAUUAU